GGACAAUGCGUGUUAAUUCAUUGCGGCCAGAGUUACUUCGGCUAGCAUGCAUGAGUGAUAUCACACCAGCGUUUAUGCAUCAUCAUCGAAAGUAAGCCAUCUCACACCACAAACCGAUGCAGAAAAGGAAAACGCUGUGAGCCGCACACUAAAGGCCUCAGCCAAUCCCACCUUCUGCCUGCCUGCCUCCCUCCCUUCCCCCCUCCUCCCUCCCAUCACUUGAUCCGGAGAGACACAAACUGCCGCCUCUUGUCGAUAUACCCCAACUGGCCCCACGCAAAUUGGCAGUCGUCAUUGCCGAGGUGUUCGUUGAAGCCCUUGAGGACGGCCCCCUGGACACCACACUUGGCCGCCUCGUCCAGCCGGGCCCGAUGCACCACCUCACGCACACCCAACACACGAUGCUGACCGCCAGGCUGACCCCAGACCGCGAAGCACUGCAGCGGCACACGCACCAUCUGGCCCCCCACAUCAGCCAUCGCCCCCACCACCUCCCUGUUGCUGCUGGCACGCAACGCCGCAUACUUGACGAAGUGCUCGAUGGCCGCAACCACUCGACGGGCCAUGUCGGUAUGGCGGAAGGGGAAGGCGGCAGAGAUGCUCUCUUUGGCGGCCUCCUCGUCGAAGCAAAAGGCGGCGAUUCUCCAGCUGAUUGCGGCCGAAACAUGAGGGCCGAGCGGGAGGGCGUACAUGAAGUGGGCCGCAAAGGAGCGGUGGGCUGCCAGGCCGACAAUGAGCGCCGCCAUGGCCAUGUUGGGCAGGUCCUCAUUGAGCACACUCGCGUACUCAGUCGCCAUCAGCUCGCGACGACUUCGCUGGCCAUCAGUGUCCGCGGGCAUGCGGCUGAGAGAAUACUCUGCUCCCGCCCUCAGCAGGACACGAGCAGUACGCUUGAGCCUGCUGAUCAUGCUCAAGAGCCGCUCCCUUUCCUGCAAGCCCAGGGCUGCAAGACUGCCGAUUUGCAUGAAUCGCUUCUCUCGAUCCACUGUCUCCUCGCCCUCCCUCUGGUCUCUCAAUUGUUGCCCGUGCGGAAGGGAGCAGUAGUCGAGCGCACUGGCAGCGUUACCAAGGGGCGACAGGCAGGGGUCAUUGCGUCGCGCUCUGUUGAUAUCAGCUUCAGGGAGCCGACGGCAGAGGAAAUCCGUGGCGCAAGGGGAGCCGAGCUUGGCCGCCAGGUGGAGUGGGGUGUCUCCAGUCCAAUUGCAUGCUCUCAU